GUAAACGUAAUAGAUUAAUUUCCGUUACCUACGUGUUCGGGAUUUAGCUUAGCUUUUCGCUAGCUUUUAAAUUACGCCCAUUGUUGUCAUGUUAUUAAUCGCGUGUUAAACAAAAACAAUUAUGUUCUGAAGUGUUAGUGGUGAAUAAUUCAGUUUCAAUAUGAUAGUGCUAUCUAUUUUGUCAAGCUCAGCUGGUCGUGACGAGCGGUAAAAAUCUCGCUUGUUUUACUUUAAUUUGUGAAUACCACUUUUUGUGCUCCAUUUCCUCGAGGUAUGCCGUUACAAAUUUAUAUUGCUUAUUUAUCACCAAAUAAUACACACACACUUGUACAAUGCCUGUAGUUGAUGUAAAUUGGUGGUAAAGUAGAUAUAAUAUUUUUGGUUGUUUGUGAACGGAUUUAAUUUUUCACGUGUUAAUUUUAGUUCCCAAUGUUAGAAAUUAUAAUAAUUUAACAUAUAAGAUAGGUACGCAAUCGCAAAAGCUUUAUUUGUCAUACGUACAUUAUUUACAAAGAUCACAUUGGCCGUGAUCCAGAUUGCGCGUCCUCAUAACUGCGCGGGAACUUGAGAUAGGUAUUUUUAGUUUAGUCGUGUGAUGAUUUUCAUCACGUAUCCUGUUAAAUUAUUUGUUUUCAUUUCAUAAUGAUAAGAAACAUUAUGGAAAGUUAAAUUAUGGGUCCUUAAUAAAAAAAAAUACAUUAAGUGUUGUAAAUUGUGAAUUGAAAAUGAGUGAACUGCAAGAAAUUACGUCGUCGAAUGUGGCACCAACACCACCCGCACCAGCAUCAUCAACAUCAUCUGAAAAUCUAUCAACAACCAGCACUGCCGCUACAAAGUCAGAAUCUACAAGACCUUCGUCAUUGCCCAAGCCAUCUGGUCUAAAACCUCCUACUAAGAUAGGAAGACUUUGUUCCAACUCUGCCCCAAAGCCAGCUGUCCCAAUCUCUCCGAGAACUGACGGCAGUACGGACACGUUAAGAAAACUCAGCGACGACUCCUCGCGAAAACAUUUGUCAGACCUUAUCGAAGCCGACGAAGACGAAGUUUCCAGCAGUUUGCCGGGCAGAGUUUUCACACAUCGCAAAGCAUCUACCAGCAGCACGUACAGCAUCACUUCAAUGGACGCACUUUGGGAGAAGCACCCGCGACGUCUCAGCGAAGCAGGCCUUAGGAGGUCCUCAGAUCACAGUGUCAUAUUGACAGAAGACACUGAUAGCUUUAUUAUUGGUGAGAGAGUGUGGGUAGGCGGUACUAAGCCUGGUCAAAUCGCAUAUAUCGGCGAAACACAAUUUGCUCCUGGAGAAUGGGCUGGAAUCGUGCUCGACGAGCCUAUUGGAAAAAAUGAUGGUUCUGUUGCGGGAGUGCGUUACUUUCAAUGUUCAGAGAAGCGUGGAGUAUUCUCCCGGUUGACACGUCUCACUCGAGUGUCUCUCAUAACACAUGCACCACAUGAUGCCUCACCGGCCUCCGACGCGAGCAGCGUAUUCGAACGUCCACCAUCAGGCGCUGCUAGGCCUAGACGCACUCUGUCUCCAAAUGGGAGCGUGCGCAGUAUUGUCAGCAGCAAAAUGAAUGCGUCAAUUUCUACAACGACUAAUGGAGAACUCCGCAUGGGAGACCGCGUUAUAGUAUCGAGUAGCCGUGGCAGUAAAGCUGGUACAUUACGUUACGUCGGCGUUACUGAAUUCGCUCCUGGUGUAUGGGCAGGAGUAGAACUCGAUGACCCACUCGGAAAGAACGACGGUUCCGUCGAUGGAAAGAGAUACUUCGAGUGCGCGCCUCGGUUUGGAUUGUUCGCGCCCAUAGCAAAGGUGUCGCGGUCUCCGUCGAACCGCAAACCCGGCGCUUGUGCCAUACACAACAAUGGGCGAGCAACACCGCUGCGGCGCUCCAACUCUCGCGAAUCUCUGACAUCAUUGGGCACUUCUAUAGCGUCGUCCCGUGUGGGGGUGAGGCUCGGUGUGACAUCGCUGGGCGCUCAGCGAGUUGGUGGUCCGCGCGCCUCCUCCACACCGGUGUCGGCGAAGAACGCCCUCCAGGAACUACUGCGGGAGAAGCAACAGCACCUAGAGCGGUUGAUGCGUGAGAGAGAGUUGGAACGGGCUGAAGUCGCCAAGGUCUCGUUACAAGCAGAGAGGGCAGAAAGUGCUUUAGCACAACUAAAGAAGGAAGCUACACAGACUACUACUGAAAAUGGAAAACUUAAGACUGAACUGGACAAGGUCAAUAAGCAACUGGAAGAUGAAAGACAGAAGGUUGAAGAUCUCUUAUUCAGAACAGAGGAGGAAAACAUUAAUAAAGAAGAUUACAAUAAAUACAAAGAAGCUAUGGAGCAAGAAAAAGCAUCACACAUCCAUCGCAUUCGUGAAUUGGAGGCGGAAGCAGCUCUACAGGCAUCACGCGCUGACACGACAGCUGCAGCUCUGCAAGCCCUGGAAGAUCAACGCAGUGCUGAAGCUGCAGCGAUUUCAGAACAACAUAAGGAAGAGCUCUCUGCAGCCCAAACUUUAUCGUCAGAAUUACAAAAACUAUUAGAUGAAGCGUACGCUCUUCUCAAAGAAAAAGAAAAUGAGAAAGAUUCACUAGGCAAAAGUAUGUCUGAUGAGCUAGCUCGAGUCAAAGCAGAAUCUGAAAGAGCUCUUAAUGAUGCUAAAACAAAAAUUGCAAUUGCACAAACAGAAUUUGAUACACAGAUUUCAGUAUUAUCAGCUAAUUUGCAAUUGGCUGAAUCUAAAUUAGAAACUGAAAAACAAAAUUUGGAGAGACUGAAUAAAGAAAACAGUCAGACUAUAAUAGAUUUAAAUACAAAAUUAAGUCAGCUUCAAGCCACUGUCGAUGAUAAAACCCUGGAGUUAAAUAAAGUUUUGGGUACAAGUAAAGAACAUGAAGUAAAUCUAAAUAAAGAAAUCACAAAACUAAAGAUGGAGUUAAGUGCCAAAGUAUUAGAUCUGGAACAAUUGGAAAGUGCUAAGAAAAAGCAAGAAACUAUUUGUGUGUCUUUACAAGAGGAAAUUGUUCGUGUAAAGGAAGAGUAUUCUAGCAAAGUUAAUGAAUAUGAAAGUUUAUUGAGCGAUGUAUCACAACAAAAUGAACGAAGUAAAAUGGACAUCAUUGAAUUACAGCAAAAUUUAAAUGCCAAAACAAAAGAUUACGAAAGAUUAUUGACUGAAAGUAGUGCUUCUAACAAUUCCACUGAAAAAAUAAUAAUUGAGUAUAAGCAAACUAUUCAUGAAAGGGACAAAGAAAUUUUAAAACUGAAAGAUGACUUCGAACAAACUACUGCAAAUUUUAAUAUCAAGCAUAGUAAAAUUGCAGAAGAACAUAAAAAAGAAAUUGACAACCGAAAUACAAAAAUAGAACAGCUUAUGAAAGAAAUUGAAAACCAUAACCAGGCUUUAGACCAAAGUAAAAUUGAAUUUGACACCCUUAAUUCCCAAUUUAUUACAAAUGUAGAUGAAUUAAAGGCUCUAAAAGAAGAAAACGAAAAAUUGAAACAAGCCGUUAAUGAUUUAAAUCAAUUGAAUAAUGACCUCAAAGCCAAAAUAUCAGUUAUGGAACUAGCUAUUGGAGAAGGAACAAGAGAACUCGAUGAUGUUAUAGAAAAGUGCAAUGAUUUAAAAGAAAAAGUUGAAUCUGAAUAUCUAAAUCUUACUGGACAGGCUACUGAUUCUAAUGAACAGUUUAAUAAGCUUUCUCAGCAUCUUAAAGAGAGUGAAAAGGAAGUCCAAGAAUUGAAAGAUAAAUUCAGAGAAGCAACUAAUAAUUACGGUAGGACGGAACAGGAACUUAAACAAAAGUUAUUUAAAGUACAAGAAGAUUUCUCUCUAGAACGUGGUCAGUUAACGCAGUCGGUUAAUGACAAUAUUGAGACACUUAAAGAAGCAGAAAAUAAGAUUAAAGAAUAUGAAAAUAGGCUAUGUGAAUUAAGCAAUCGUUUAAAGGAAAUAGAGUCCAACAAUGAUAAACUACUAGACGAAAAUACUACACUUAAGACAGAAAUUGAAGCAUUUAAAGUAAAGGAGCAAGAGUUAAAUAUUGAAUUUGAAUCUACGCGUAAAAAACUUGAAAUUGAUAUAGAUAAAUAUAAAGAAGAAAUAGCAGUAUUAAAAUCAGAAGGAGUAAGUUCUGAAGUAAAGUUAAUGGAAAAAGUAGAUCAACUUACUGAGGCACAGAACGAUCUUAAUAAUAAGUUGGAAGAAGCCAGAAAACAUGAAGACUCUUUGCAAAAAAUACUGGACGAUAUGACGUCGCAAUUAAAUAUACAGAGAAAUCAACAUGAAAAGGAAGUUUCUGAAGUUCGAAAUCAGUUAACAGGCGUGAGCAAGGAAUUAGAUAAUCACAAGAUAGAAGAAAACAGACUAAAAGUACUGCUGGAUGAAAAACAAAAUAAUAUUAAAGAACUUACUCUGAAAUUGGAAAUGCUUGAAGUUGAUUUAAAAUCAAAUGUAGAAAUUGUUGCUGAAAAGGACCGCCAAAUAUCCCAGGUUAACAAUGAAAUAACUAAAGUUAACGAAAACAAGAAAUUGAUUGAAGAAAAAUUAAAUACCGCAUUAUUAGAAGCCUCAACGGUAAAGCAAAAGUACGAUGCACUUAUAGCGAAUUCUUCUGCUGAAGAAUCCGUAUUAAAAGAGCACUUAACUCAGUUAGAUACAUUAAGAAAAGAAAUGGCCACUUUGCUUCAAGAUAAAGCUUUAGUAGAAACAAAAUAUAAUGAUAUUUCGGUAGAUUUAAAUAAAUAUAAAGAAGAACAUAAUGAUAUUAGUAAUAAAUUAGUAGAAAAUGUCAAUAUUUGUAAUGAUUUGAAGAAAAGUUUAGAAGACAAAGAUAUUCUACUGAAAUCUCAAAAUGACCAAAUUAAAAUGGAAGUAGCUAAAAUAAAAUUAUUAGAAGAAGAAGUAACUAAAAUUAAACAAGAAAUAUCAAAUAAAGAUGAAGUGAUAAAUAGUAAAGAAUCAGAACUUCAGAAACUUAAUGAAUCUUUACAUUUAGGCGCAAACGAAUCAGAACAAGUUAUUAAACAACUUCGAGAUGACAUUACUAAAGUUCAUGAAAAGCAUAAAAAUGAAUUAGAAUCAUUGAAUAUAAUUAUUAAAACUCAACAAAAUAAAAUGGCGGAAGAAGAGAAACAAUUAGAGGAACUUCAGCAAACUAAAGAAAAAGUGGCAGAAUUACAGCAACAAUUAGUCAAAUCAGAACAAGAUAUAAAACAACUUUCCGAUAUUAACAAUGGGCAAAAAUCAAACUACGAAGAUUUAAAUAAACAGUUACAAUCUCAGUACGAGGAAUACAAAAAAGAAAGCAAGCAUAUGAAGAAUGAUCUCAAAAACAAAUUAAGUGACUACGAAAAACAAUUAACGGAAUCGAAAGAAAAAUUGAGAAUUGAGGUUGAACAGCAAACUGAACUCCAUAAAAAACUUUCUCAGAAGGAGUCUAAAAUAUUAGAAUUAUCACAAAAAUUAGACUUAAUAAAUAUUCAUCAGAGUUCCGACGCCGAAAAAGAUAUUAGAUUGGAAAAGUUGACUACAGAAUUACAAGAUGCCAAAAAAUCUAGCGCAGAAUCUUUAGCGCGUAGCGAAGCUGCUAUCAAUAAUUUUAAAGCGGAUAUCGAAAAGAAAAUGCAAGAAUUAAAAUUAAAGGAUGAACUUGUUUCUAAAUUACAACAGGAAGUCAAGAAUCAUAAGGUUAAAAUUGAAAUAAUGGAGCGGGAGAAGGCGCUUUUAAAAAAAGAUAUUGCUGCAAAUAUUGGCAUACGAGACAAUAACGACAAUAAUGCUAUGGGAAUAUUAGGCCAAGGCGACAAUGCAUCACAAAAAUCUGCGGAAGAAAAGGAAAUGAUUGAUGGACAAGUAAGCUUUUUAAAUUCUGUGAUCGUGGACAUGCAGCGUAAGAAUGAGCAGUUAAUGGCAAAAGUUCUAGCAUUAGAAGGGGGAACUACAGUGAGUGAUACACCAGCGUUCAAUGGGCGCAAGUCUCGUCCGGCGCCGCGUCUGUUUUGCGACAUUUGUGAUGUAUUUGACGCCCACGACACGGAAGAUUGUCCUAGGCAAUCGGCCGAUCCGGACCCACCAGCGCCAGCACUUACUUCCAAGCGGGUACCGCCGCCACCUCGUCCCUACUGCGAUAUAUGUGAAGUAUUCGGCCACGCAACAGAGAACUGUGAUGAAGAGGAGACAUUUUAAUAUUUAUUAAAACAUUUAAUUUAAAAUGUUACCGUUGUUGUUGUUACUAUUUUUAGUUGGGUAUUAUUUAUUAUUGUUUACCAUGAGAAUGGUAUAAUUGUUUACUAGUUAAUACCAUAGACAAAUUGUGUAAAUAAGUAAGAUUGAUCUUUUACAUUUAUAAAUUUAUAUUUGCAUGACAUACAUAUUUUUACAGUUAUUUGGUGAAUGGUUUAAUUUUUAUAAACUUUUUUCAUUUGCAUUAUCUGGAUAUAAUGUAAACUGAGAAUAUCUUUUUUAAAGCACAAAUCAAUUUCCAUCACAAUCAUGUUUUAAUACCAUACCAUUUGAAUGUUAUUUUAUGGCGAUAAUCUGAUGAAAACAUAAACACCAAAAUAAUCUUUUUAUAAGCAAUAAAUCUAGUUGACAAUUUUAUUGUUUUAUUUAUUAACAAUU